AUGGCAUCCCACCCAUCCGCUUCAGGAAAAUCUAAGAGGGUCAUUAAGGGCGCUUCACAAAGGCUGCGUUCGCCAUCCUCGCAUGCUGCAGGUCGCGUGGAAGCCUUCAUCGCUAGCAUUGCGGGUGACCCACAGGCCCUGGCCCAGCUUGGAUCUGGGCUUGAUGCCUUAUUACAGAACCCGGCCACUCAUUCUGCCCCUUCGACCUCUGCUGGUUUACCCCUGGAGGCCGGGCAGGGGGCGGCAGCCACGGCUAUGCCUCCGGGCCUGCAAGGCCCAGACCCUCUUUCUGCCCCCUCUACCUCUGCAGGUGUAUCCCUGGACCCUGGGCAAGCUACGGUGGCGGCGUCGCAGCCUCUGUUCCCCAUGGCAACCAUUCGGGAACUGCCGGAGACCACGUCUGGGCCAGCUGACACGUCGGAUGACGAGUUCGUGGGGCCUUCUGGCGUGCUGAUGCCGAAUGCCUCUUCCACUCCUAUGGUGGCGCCGGCGCCCCCUCCCGUCAAACGACGAAGUGAGGGGAAGCAGCCUCGGCGCACCAGGAGGAGGAGGCAGGCCAAGGGCAGAACUCUUGCCGUCGCCUCGCGGUCCGAGGUGCUUUCAUCAGCAUCCGGCGAGGAGGCCCUCCCGGUGCCGGCUAGAGUGUCGAGUGGUGGAAAGCGUCGUCACAAAAGUCGUUCCAGGAGGCGGGCAAAGAGGCGCAGGGACGAUACCUCGACCUCGACCACCUCAGGGCUCGCGGACGUGCACAUAUGGAUGGUGGGACAUUCCAUAGUCCAUUGGGCAGGCCUUCGCGCUGGCCAGACGCCAUUGGGUCCUCGACUUGGCCUUCCAUCCAACAUCCAAGUGACCUGGAUGGGCAAGAGGGGCAUGCGCUGGGGGGAGCUUCUCCCUUUGCUGCGGCGCAAAGCCCUCUUGCUCGGGUGCCCGUCCGCCCUGGUGAUCCAGCUGGGGGAAAAUGACAUCCCCGCGGUUGACCCGUUAUCUCUUCGCCUGGCUAUCCUACGAGAUUUGUUGGAGAUAAGGACUUGGUUCCCUGAUACCGUCGUUUUUUGGUCCCAAAUGUUGCAGAGGAUGCAAUGGCGGGGUGACAUUCCUCCUCUGGCUGGGGAAAGAGCCAGAAAAAGGGUUAACAGCGCAGCAUCCAAACGGGUGUACGAAAUCGGGGGGAGUUUGAUUCGACAUCCCGAAAUUAAUGUUAGAGCCCCGCUUUUAUAUCGGGAUGAUGGGGUUCACUUGUCCCCUGAUGGGUAUGACAUUUGGCUGCGUGAUGUGUCUGAGGGUUUAAAAAGUUGGUUAGGUCUCUGAGUGUUGGCGGCAAGCCAGGGCUGGCUUGAUUGGCGGUUAGGCUUUUGGUUGGUUAAUCGGUUGGUAGAGGGGGUGGCAUACGGAUGCCUACCCUCACCUCCGUUUGCUCCAUAUAGAAGUAUUCCGUUAAAGGAAUCUCGGGGCUUACACUCUUGUCCUUACCAUCCCGCCAUUGGCGGGAAUGGUGGGCCCAAUUUUUAAGAGCAAGAGCCUUGAGGAACAUUCUUGGUGAAGGUGAGGAGGGAAUGACUGGGCGCAGCCACCUCCUCACUCCCAGGUAUGUUUACUUGACUUCCAUUCGGAAGUCGGAGCAGGAACUGUCCAAGCGGACAGUGGUGAGUCCUGUCCUAUGGUGACAGCUGAGGUGAGUCCUGCCACGUGGGGCAGAUGAGGUGAGUCCUGUCCUAAGGGGACAGCUGAUUGAGUCCUGUCCUAGAUGGACAGAUGGGGAUAGUCCUUCUUUAGGAAGGACGAGUGAAUAACCAAAAGCCUAAGCCAACACUCGGAUUAAAAUUGUGUAAUUAAUAAAGUUGUGGCCCUAAAUUAUUUGCCAAAAACCAAACCAUAAUUCUGUUGUCAGUUGUGAGUUAUUUAAGGUAAUUUUCUGGGAAGCCUCGACACACAAAGCGCUUUAUAUCAUACAAUAUAAAGCGGAUUGUGGUAGGGCUGUUAAGAAAUUUAGCUUAGGGUUUGGUUUGUGUAAGGCCACAGCUCAUGCUGAGUAAUGGGGGGCGUGCGUAUGCAAAUCCCUGGGAUCUGAUUGGUUGUUGGGGCCCCUCUUAAAGCUGCGUCCACCAUUUUCUAGUCACAUUUUUGCCUGGCGUUUGAACCCCUCCCACCCGCCCUUUCUUUCUUGCAGGUUAGCACGACAUUGCUAUUGCCUUCGGGGCCGCCUGUAUUCAGGGGUCAGUAGGAAUUUUUCCAAUUGGCUGAUUGGCUUUGCCUCUUGGUUUUCGCCUACUGCGCUAGCAAAUUGUCACAACUUGUUAGGUUGGCGGUUAGGCUUUUGGUUGGUUAAUCGGUUGGUAGAGGGGGUGGCACACGGAUGCCUACCCUCACCUCCGUUUGCUCCAUAUAGAAGUAUUCCGUUAAAGGAAUCUCGGGGCUUACACUCUUGUCCUUACCAUCCCGCCAUUGGCGGGAAUGGUGGGCCCAAUUUUUAAGAGCAAGAGCCUUGAGGAACAUUCUUGGUGAAGGUGAGGAGGGAAUGACUGGGCGCAGCCACCUCCUCACUCCCAGGUAUGUUUACUUGACUUCCAUUCGGAAGUCGGAGCAGGAACUGUCCAAGCGGACAGUGGUGAGUCCUGUCCUAUGGUGACAGCUGAGGUGAGUCCUGCCACGUGGGGCAGAUGAGGUGAGUCCUGUCCUAAGGGGACAGCUGAUUGAGUCCUGUCCUAGAUGGACAGAUGGGGAUAGUCCUUCUUUAGGAAGGACGAGUGAAUAACCAAAAGCCUAAGCCAACACUCGGAUUAAAAUUGUGUAAUUAAUAAAGUUGUGGCCCUAAAUUAUUUGCCAAAAACCAAACCAUAAUUCUGUUGUCAGUUGUGAGUUAUUUAAGGUAAUUUUCUGGGAAGCCUCGACACAC